AUAAAGCAGUUGGACUAUUCCUUUCGACGACUUUGGCUUGCGGAAGCACGAGAAACACAACCACUGGGGAGAGAAGAGAGACCAGAGAUCCAAAAUUCUGAGAUCCAGACGACGUCGUCCCAGAUCCACGCUCCAUAAUGUCAUCUUCAACCUUCAGCGGUGAUGAAACGGCGCCGUUCUUCGGCUUCCUCGGCGCUGCUGCAGCCCUCGUCUUCUCCUGUAUGGGAGCUGCCUAUGGAACGGCAAAGAGUGGUGUUGGUGUGGCAUCUAUGGGGGUGAUGAGGCCUGAGCUGGUGAUGAAGUCCAUUGUUCCUGUUGUUAUGGCUGGAGUUUUGGGUAUUUAUGGCCUUAUUAUUGCUGUUAUCAUUAGUACUGGAAUUAACCCUAAGGCCAAGUCAUACUAUCUUUUUGAUGGUUAUGCACAUCUCUCUUCUGGUCUUGCUUGUGGUCUCGCUGGGCUCUCUGCUGGAAUGGCAAUUGGUAUAGUUGGUGAUGCUGGUGUAAGAGCUAAUGCACAGCAGCCAAAACUCUUUGUUGGGAUGAUCCUCAUUCUCAUCUUUGCUGAAGCACUGGCCCUCUAUGGCCUCAUUGUCGGCAUCAUCUUGUCUUCCCGAUCAGGCCAAUCCAGAGCAGACUAAACCAUGCAGUCUAAUAUUCUUUAUUGCUUAUUAAUGGCACUUGAAAGGGAAAACUUUUGGCUGAUCUCUGGUUGGUCGUUGGGCCGUGCUUGCUGGUUCGUACAGAUUAUGUUUGUGAAAGUAACGACUGUGCCUUGUAGUAGUAGGAUUGAGUUUAUCAACAGAAUAAAAUCUUUCUAAGCAGGUUUUUAAAUACGUUUAUGUAUUCUUCCACCAGAACUAUGAACUGCUAUAUUUUUUAUGAUUCUAAAUCUAGUGCAUGUAUGAUCUUAUUCAUCCACCAAUUAUCCAUAGGAGGCUGGUUGUGGUA